GCCGCGCAGACCCGCGGACGCACGGGGACCGCCUGGAGCGCGAGGGCUGGGGCCUGGGCCCCGCAGACCGGCCCCGGCGCGGGAGGUGCCGUCGACGAGGGCUCCUCAGCCCCGUCGCCUGGGGCGGCCCCCCGCUCACGCCCCGGCCCUGCUCUCAUUCUCCUUCCUGUGGAACCAACUCAGUUUGUCCCUCGUUCCUCAGCGGCUGAGGGCUUAGGAGUCCCUGAUCUCCGCACUGAGCACCCCGGCACCGGAGGCCCCCGGGGAGAGGCCCCCCCAGGGGAGAGGCCCCCCGGGGAGAGGACCCCCGGGGAGAGGCGCGGGUAGCUGAGCAGGCCGUCGCCUUCCCGCUGCCUCCCAGCCCCGGCCGGCUCAUGGUGAAGCCCGCCCCAGGAGCGUGCCAUGGAGGAGUUCCGGCACUCCUACAGCCGGCUGUGCAAGGAGAGGGGGGCCGAGCCCCAGGAGACUGUCCUGCAGCAACUGCAGGAGCUGCCGUGGGGUCGGCUGGACCUGGCCACUCAGAGCCUGACCGUGGACACCUGCAGGGCCCUGGGGGCGCUGCUGCAGAAGGAGGCACUGCUGACCGAGCUCAUCCUGAGUGACUGCAUGCUGAGCGAGGAAGGGGCCACGCUGCUGCUCCAGGGGCUGUGUGCCAACACUGUUGUGCGGUUUCUGGAUCUAAAGGGCAAUAACCUUCGAGGUGCAGGGGCCGAGGCUCUGGGAAAACUCCUCCGACAGAACAAGUCCAUCCAGAGUCUCACCCUGGAGUGGAACAACUUGGGUGCGUGGGAAGACGCCUUCGCCACCUUCUGCGGGGCCCUGGCGAGCAAUGGUGCCCUGCGGCAGCUGGACCUCCGCAACAACCAGAUCAGCCACAAGGGCGCAGAGCAGCUGGCCCUGGCCUUGACACGCAAUGCCAGCCUCCAGCAGCUGGACUUGCGGUGGAACAACAUUGGCCUCCUGGGGGGCCGGGCCCUGGUGAGCUGUCUCCCCCGCAACAGAACCCUGUGGAGGCUGGAGCUGGCAGGGAAUAACAUCCCCGGGGACCUUCUCAGAGCCGUGGAGCAAGCCAUGGACCACAACCAGGACCGGCAGACCACCUUCCGAGAGAACCGGGCCCGCACCCGGCUGCUCAGCAAGGAGGUGCGGCACCUCCAUGAGGAGAAAUCCAAGCAGUUUCUAGACUUGAUGGAGACGAUUGAAAAGCAGCGGAAGGAAAUGGACAGGAGUGGCAGGGCAUCAGCGGUACGUGUGGGGCAGCUGCAGGAAGCCCUGAGUGAGAGACACUCUGUCAUUAAUGCGCUCAAGGCCAAGCUGCAGAUGGCCGAGGCUGCGCUGGCCCUGUCCGAGCAAAAGGCCCAAGGCCUGGGGGAGCUCUUGGCUACGGCGGUGGAGGAGCAGCGAAGCUUGGCGGAGAGGCAGGCAGACGAACACAGGCUAGAGCAGCAGGAAGCUUUGGAGCGGGAAUCCAAGCUCCUCAGAGACUUAUCUGCUGCCAAUGAGAAGACUCUUCUUCUGAGAAACCAGGUGGACGAGCUGGAGCGGAAGGUGAGAUCUCAGCAGGAGCAGCUGUUCGCGGCCAGGGAGGAGCUGACCAGCACAACGGCCGAGCUGAGGGCCAGGGCCAUCCAGGCUGAGGAGCGUCUGGAACUGGAGAAGAAGAGGUCCCGGCAGAGCUUGGAGGACUUGGAGCGGCUGCGUGCCACGGAGGUGCCUGUCAGUGAGCCCCUCAGGCCUCCUGCCGUCCCCGCUGUCCGCCCAGGGCCUGCAGAAGCCUCGGUGACAUGGUGUCCCUGGAGCACGCCCCUGGCUGGGCUUCCCUCGACCGCCUUGGGGUGCCUGGCAGUGCCAGCCCAGGCAGAUAACACCCGGGAACUCUGGACCAGGCUAUGGAAGGGAGCCCCGCACCGGCUGCGCUGUGCCCCCUGUGUGGCCCUGGGCUGUGCCCUCCAUCCUUGCUUCCUGCAAAGCCGUGUGGGGCAGCCCGUUCUCGGGAGGAGCAGUGUCCCCAAGACUUGCCUGCCCCCUGGGGUGGGAAGGGAAGCUUCCCUCCAUGGGGGUGGAGGGGCGGGGGUCCCCCGGGGAGCUGGUCCCAGCCCCGCUCCUGCCCUUCCCAUACCUGGGCAGGUGGAGCACAUGAGUCGCCACUUAGAAGAGAGUGAGAGGGCCAUGCAGGAGAGGGUACAGAGGCUGGAGACCUCACGGCUGUCCCUGGAGGAGGAGCUGAGCCGAGUGAAGGCGGCGGCUCUCAGUGAGCGUGGCCAGGCUGAGGAGGAGCUCAUCAAGGCCAAGAACCAAGUCCGUCUGGAGGAGCAACAGCGCCUGGCUCACCUGGAGGAGAAGCUGCGGCUGCUGGCCCAGGCGCGAGACGAGGCUCAGAGCGCCUGCCUGCAGCAGAGGCAGACGGUGGCCGAUGCCCAGGCGCGGGCCGGCCAGCUGGGCUUGCAGGUGGAGGGCCUGAGGCGGCGCCUGGAGGAGCUGCAGCAGGAACUGAGCCACAAAGACCAAGAAAAGGUGGCGGAGGUGACCAGGGUGCGCGUGGAGCUGCAGGAGCAGAAUGGCCGCCUGCAGGCCGAACUGACGGCGCAGGAGGCGCUGAGAGAGAAGGUGGCGGCCCUGGAGCGCCAGCUGAAAGUGAUCGCAGGCGACCACCGGGAGGCGCUGCUGGACAGGGAGAGUGAGAACGCCUCUCUCCGGGAGAAGCUUCGGCUCAAGGAGGCUGAGAUCGCCCGCAUCCGGGAGGAGGAGGCGCAGAGGGCCAGCUUCCUGCAAAAUGCCGUCCUGGCUUACGUACAGGGGUCUCCCCUGAGGGCCAUGGGUCCCCAGAAGUGAAGGGAAGCAGGGAGACUCUGGAAGGGGCAGGGAGGCAUCUGAGCCCCCCCCCCCCCCCCCCGCAGGCUGGCAGCUCAGGCCGCUCUGCAGCUGCGGGCUUGGGAGGUCGGUGCCCAGCUGGACCAGUGAGCAGCGCCGCUGCCGCCCGGCGCUGGGCUGGGCUGCCCCCCGGGCCCGCACGGGGCUGGCCGGCCAGGAGGCCCGGGGUGCGCACGCCCGGGCCCCGCACCCCAGCCCUCCGGGCGCGUCCCAGGGAACAUGCCUGAGAUGUCGUUGAGAAAAAGCAGCCGCGGGGGAAGGAAAUCCAGAAGACCUGCGUCCCCGACCCCUCACAGUCCCCUUUCCCCGUGUGCCCACAUACCUCCUUCCCAGUGCAACCCGAGUCCUGGGCCUUUUGAAAUACAGAACUUUUAUACUUUGUGAUAA